AUGACUGAUAAAAUUAAACCAUCUACUACAGUAUUUGUUUCUGGUGCUUCUGGAUUCAUUGCUCAAGAAUUAAUCAAACAAUUAAUUAUAAAAGGAUAUAAUGUUAUUGGAUCAGUAAGAUCCAUUAUUAAAGGAGAAUCAAUUAAAUCUAAUUUAUCAUCAUUUAAAAAUGGUAAAUUUAAUUAUAUAAUUAUUAAAGAUAUUUCAUUAUUAGGAGCAUUUGAUAAUGUAUUACAAAAAUAUCCUGAAAUUGAAAUUUUUAUACAUACAGCAUCACCAUUCCAUUUUAAAGCAGAAAAUAUUGAACAAGAAUUAUUAAUUCCAGCAAUUAAUGGUACUAAAAAUGCUUUAUUAGCCAUUAAAAAAUAUGGUCAUAAUAUUAAUCAUGUAGUAAUUACUUCAUCAGUAGUUGCUGUAGGGAAAUUUGGGAAAUUUGAGAAAUUUGAGAAAUUUCCUCAAAAUAAUGAUUCUAAAUUAGAAUUGAUAAUUGAUGAAAAUUCAUGGAAUCCAAUUACUUGGGAAAUGGCAUUGAAAAAUCCUGUUUAUGGAUAUUUUGGUUCGAAAACUUUUGCUGAAAAAGAAGUUUGGAAAUUUGAAAAAUUUGAAACCCCAAAAUUUAAUAUAACAACUAUUAAUCCAGGAAUGGUAUUAGGACCUCAAGCAUUCCCCAUUAAUAUUGAAUAUGAUAAUAAUAAUAACAAUAACAAGAAGAAGAAGAAUUUACAAUUGAAUACUUCAUCACAAGAAAUUGUUCGAUUAUUAAAUUUACCAACCAAUGAUAUAAAUAAAGUUAAAAUAUCAACUCGAUUAAUAAAUACAUUUAUUGAUGUUAGAGAUGUUGCUAAAGCUCAUAUUAUAGCAUUUGAAAAUUCUGAAAAAACUAAAAAUAAACGAUUAUUAUUAAUUCAAGAUUUUUAUAAUGAUCAAAAAUUACUUAAUAUAAUUAAUAAAAAUUUUCCUCAAUUGAAUUUACCAAAAGGUGAAUUUAUUAAAGGUGAAAUUAAUAAAUCAAAUUUAAAAAAUUCUUGGAAUACUAUUAAAACUAAAACUAUUUUCGGUGAUAAAUAUAUUGAAAUUGAAAAAAGUGUGAUUGAUUCAGUUAAUCAAAUCCUUGAAGCUAAAAAUAAAGAAUCUUCUCAAUGUAAAUUGUAA